AUGCAAAGUAUGACACGAUAUUUAACGUUUUCGGAACGCAAAAAAGUGUUGAAACUUUACGAAAAAGGAGAAAGUAUGACGGACAUCGACAUACUGCUUAAGGUCAAAGCCAAACGACUGAAAAAUUUGAAGAAAAUGAAAUCGACCGCAUCGAAUUCAGUAUUUGAUAACAGCAUGAGUCGUCGAAGUUCAGUGUCAAAUAACCUCAGUUCAUCAGAAAGUUCAACAAAUAGUCGAAAUACUCGUUUUGAAAAGUGUCAAAACUCUCCCACUUCGCCACUGAGCUCUCAACAGUCUGAAAGCAAUACAUUCUGUGGCUCUUUUGCAUCAGUUCAUGAUUUUAUUGACUUCUUAUGUUCUGAAGAGGUAAUUGCUAUGUGCUAUGGUUGGUAA